UCUCUCUAUCUCUCUAAAUUACAGUCCCAUAAAACCCCCCACCCUUCUCUCUCUCUCUGCGCUCACACCUAAAAAAAGGAAGACUCGUGUCACUUCCAUCUGAAUAUGGAUUUCAGUCCAGAAGCAGCCCCACCAAAAGCAUCACCACCUUCUUCCAAGAGGCGACCAAGGAUACCAGAAUUCGCCCGGCCGGGUUCUCGUAGCACCCGAAAAUCAAAUUCUUCGAGAAGGUCUCUCUGUAUUUCCAAGAACUCAUUAUCUCCAGAAGGUUGUGACAUUCGUCUGAAGGUUCGACGGCUACAAACCCUUGUCCCUGGAGGCCACGCCAUGGGCGCCGAUCGCCUCUACUUGCAAACUGCCGAUUACAUUCUCUUCUUGAAGUUAAAAUUGAGCAUUUUGCAAGCUCUUUCCAAGUUGUACACACCUUGAGCAACCAUAUAUCUUCAUGUAUUACUGCUGUGUUAUUGUUUCUGUAGUUGUUGUCGAUUUCUUUAUUUCAUUGCAUUUUUAAAACGCCAAGUAAUGUUUAUAGGUCUUGGUGUUUAUAUGUAAUGAAUAGAUUAUUUCCCCUUUCUCUCUCUCUCUUUCUUUUUUUUUUUUCUUUUUUUUUAAUGGGAUUUUGGCUAUUUAAGACAAUUGGGUUUCUUUCAUUUCGUUAAGCGCAGUAGAAAUCUUUUUAUGUGUCCACAUUUGAUGUAAAGAAAGUAGCAUUUUUCCUUUCUUUCAUCUGCUGUGAUGAGAGAUUUCUUUUCUAUGUGACAGCUGAUGCUACUCUGUAAUGUUUUGUUAGAGCGUAUCAUGACAUGUCCUGUGGUUUUUGCCCUCUCUCUGCAACUGGGUCACUCUCUCGAGUGCAAUUGGGAAAGCAUGACAUUUUAAACAUGUAGCUCAGUUUGAAGGGGACAGUGAUUGCAACCAUAAUACAGAAAAAUAAUUCAGUAUUUUCUUCUUCUCU